UCCUUGGUGCUGGAUGGGGCCGCCUCACCCCUGCGCGACGGGCGGUUCGAAGGGGGCGACGCGUGGAGGCACCCGUGUCGGGGUCCCCGCAGAGCGGGAGGCAAUGGCCAGGCCACCCAUCGUGCCCACGAACAUCGCGGCCACCGCCCCCGAGGUGUUCACGGUGCUGCAGCUGCGGAUGCGGGUGGUGGAGGAGGAAACCAGCGCGCUGGUGCGAGAGCUGGAGGCGUUCGGCGUCGACGGGCAGAGCCUCAAACAUUUUCCCUCGAAGACCUCAGAAACAAGUGCUAGUCACACAGCCAUUAGCCCUGUGCAGGCCCGGGUAGCAUUUGUGGGAGAAAAUACACUGUGGAAGAACUGUGAAACAUUGGUGAACCGAAUGUGUCGGUUAGAGAGCGUUGUAGAGACACUGAAGUCAAACAUCUUCCAGCUGCAGACAGAAAAUGAACUGAAUCCAAAGCAUGCAGCCCAGUUGGAGCAACGCCUGAAUGCGCUCCACGAGGAGCAUCUUCAAGAAAUGAAGAUUGUACAGCAAGAAGCAAUGAAGUUGCACCAACACCUAAGCGAUAUGAAAGAGGCUGAAGAAAAGGCAAAGCAAGAAGUUCAGAGACUGACUACUGCUCUGGAGAUGACAACUGCAUCCAAGAUGCAUGCAGUGAUUGCAGCUGAGGAACUGAGGAACACAAACCAGAAAAUUAACUGUAGACUUCAGGAGGUAACAGAACAGCUGUCCCAGGAGAUCAGCCUGCGGGAGUCUUUGGAGGAAUCCCAAGCAACUGUGAUGGGUCAGAUACAGGACAUGGAAACAACAGUAGAAGCAGAACGAAAGCGGGUGCAGAUAUUACAGCAGGACUGCCAAGAGCUGUGUGAAGAUGUCCAGCUAGCCCGAGUCAGGCUGCAAGAAGAAGAGGAAAGAACUGCCCAACUGGAACAGCAGUGCAUACAACUGAAAGCUGAGUUGGACUCCAGGAACUGUAUAAUUUCCCAGCUUGAUGAAGCAGCAAAAAAUGCACAGCUGUCCUUUAACCAAGAGAACCAACAACUUCAGUCUACAAUAACCGCCUUGCGAGAAACAGCAGAUAAAGUACAGGUCCUUAAUGACCACUUAAGCCAGCAAUGCUCAGAGCUCAGCACCACUCUCCAAAGUGUUGCAUUGGAGUAUGCUAAACUCAUUUCAGACCAAACCAUGCUUAAGGCAGAACAAGAAAAGAUGCGUAAGCUGCAAGAGCAAGACUCGCUUCGGAGUGCUGCCCAUGCCAACAUUCUCAGAGAGCUGCAGAGUGUGCAGCAUGAGAGGACUCAGCUUCAAAGAGCGCUGGAGGCCUUGCAUACAGAGCACGGCAAAUACACGCAGAAAGCAAGUCUUGCUGAGGAGGCAGCGACCGCACAGAGACAGCUGCUGGAAUGUACUGUUGCUAGACUGCAAGGCGAACUUGAGACAGCUUUGCAAGAAAAAGAACGUCUGCUAGCAGAAAAGGAAGAUCUUCAAAAGGAGCUAGAAAUGGUUUCAAUGAAAUUCACUUUGCAAACACUAGAGGAAGAGAACAAGAGGCUAUUGGAUUGCUUGGCAGCACUGGCACAUGAGCAGUAUGCCCAGCAGCAGGUACAAAAGGUGUUGUCAGAGCUGACUGACAGCAAGAAGAAGCUGGCCUGUGACAAAGGGAAACUUCAGGUGGAACCACUCUGUAAGGCACUAGAAAGUGCUAGAACAGACAAGAAACUUUUUCUUCAUUUGGCUGAAGUUCUGCAGAUCAACAAUACCCUGCAGAGCAAGCUGAUCCAAACUCAAUAUGAACUGAAAAGUAAAGAAACUGAGCUUCAACAGAUGAUGGUCUGGAGGGAGCAGUUAAUGGAAAAAACCAAGGCUGAGGAGAAGAUGUAUGCUGAACGCUUAGAGUCUUUGAAGAAGUCAUUUCAAACUGAACAAGAGGCUUCCAGAAAAGCUGACUGCCAAGAAUCUGCUGAGUCACAGGACAUCCUGAAUUUUGUGUCCAAGCUGAAAAGUAUUCAGGGCGAGAUCCCAGUGAUGUUGAAAAACCAACAUGAAGUGCAAGUGCAGAACAGGCAGCUGGAAACCCAACUGGAAGCAGAGAGAAGACAAAGGCAGAAGCUGGAAAAUGAGUGUCAGGAGAAAAAGCAAGUACUUCCCACUCACACCUCCCUGGACAGCAAGCAGGGCACAGACCCAACACCUCCAGCUCACCAGCAGGAAAGUCUACGUGAACUGGGCAGGAAAUGAGCUCACUUGCAUCACCUCCCACCAGGAGACUCCCUGCUAGCACCCAGGUGCUGGAAGAAUCAGGAGUUUACCUGAUCUGACGUAGUUAGAUAGGUCUGCAUUACCAAAAAGGCCUUGGAAUAAAAGGUGCUCAUAGUGCACCCAUAUAUAGGGGACCUAGGAAUGUUUGCUUAAAUCAUAAACUCUGAUUUGAAUCAACUUGUACCUCUCACCUUGUCUUUUUGACUCAGGUGCUUUGUGUGUGAGGCUGCUACAAACAACACUGCUAUUUAGAGCUAAACAAUUAUUCUUUGUGUAUCAUUACUGUAAGCUAUUUGCUUUUGAUACGCUACAUCUUUGCUUUCAUCACUUUUCUUCCAGCAGCUUUAACCUAUGGCCUGGCGCGUGCUAUCAAAACAAAUCUCAGGCUGGUUUGCAGAGGGUUCGGGGGAAUUACUGGUGACCGAGUCAUGUGGCUGUGGCUGGAUGCUGACGUGACUGGGACAGGGAGGAACUGGCAGGACUGGCUGCUUGUAAUGUAGAUGAUAGCUAGGUCAUGAGAGAACAUCAGCCUUGGGCUAUCUUAGGAGCAUGUAAGGAAUUCAUGAGGUGUGUGACGUUACACUACACAUCAUCUUGCCUCCAUAAGAAUUAGUGGAAUCUGUUCAACCUGUCCUACUGUGAACUUAUCUUUGUUCCUAUCCUACUGUGGAACACUGGGGAAAGAGCUGAAGCAGAUGCCUUAAUGUCAUGUGUAGAAGAUGGUUAUAACAUGGACAGUUUUCAUGGUUGUUUGACUAAGGAUCAGCUCAUCUUUGUCCUGGCUUACUCUUACAUGUGGUUUCUAGGACUACCUAGCUUCAGCAGAGGUGGUGUUACACUCUGAUCUGCUUCAACAGAACUGUUUGCAGACUCCUCUGUACUGUUAAUUUCUGUAGGAUACAUACAUGUUAUUUGAAGUACUCGUUUAGCAGGGACGGAAGUCUCGCAUACUUCUGGAGCCUAGCAGUAGCCUGAGGACAUACUGGAAUUACCUUAUCCUGCUCCUCCAGAAAGGUGGUCCUAAACAAUAACUUACAUGAUAGGACUCUGGAUGAAUUCAUAGCAACCAGGACCUCUCCAGCUUGCUAAGGUUCAAAGGAAAAGGGGGUGGGCUGAGCACACUAUCAAAGCUAAUGCACACCUGAUCUGCGUUCAUUUGUGCUAUUUAGAAGCCAGCCUCUGCAAUAUGGCUUUAGGUUUGCCCCAGUCAAGCUAGUUCCUUCAGAAAUCACCUAGCACGUGUGCCACACCUGCUCUGUAAAGCUGCUUAGGUGGCUCAGCAUAAGCUGUGCCUUUGCCUCCAAAGCACCCUUCAGGCAAACAGCAGUCAGAACUGUAAGCUAGUUUUGCUUGCCAUGAACUCAAAUGGUAGAGUAAUCACAGCUGAAAAACAGUCUGGUCCGCUCAAGUAAUGCUUAGCAUUCCACAUUUUUGUUUAUACCGAGUGCUUAAGCACUUGUUAGGUUGCCUAACAAGGGACAAACGAUAGUGACAUUUGCCUCUGCAAAAGGACAAAGUGUAUGGAAGCAGUGCUCGUAUGAACUGUGUGUUGGCAGGGCAACAGCACCAACUACCCCUCUGGUUUUCCUCUGUGGGAGUUUUUUACCAACAUAUGAUACACCUCAAGGGUUGGUUCAUCACCCUUUCCUUGUUCCAGAAUUCCCUGCUCUCAGUAGGGCCCUGCAUCUGUGAUUACUUUGUAUAUCGAAAUGCAAGAUCUGAUUAUAUGGCCAUGGCCAUUAAACUUGGUACUUAUAUUUACGUAGUGACAGUCUAUCCCAGGUUCAACACAUCCCGUCACUUCUUCUAAACCUGCUUGGGGCUUAGGGUGUAGUUGUGAAGGAUUGAGACGUGGCGUACUUGUGAUAUGGUGCAAUUGUGAUGGAUUACUGCAUCCCAGUACCCUUUCACUUUAGCAGUAGCUUAAGCUUCUGCUAUGACUGCUUUAGCAAGGGAUGCAGCUCAGUGGGUCACAUGGAGAAUGAAAGAGCUGGCUCAGCUGUCCUGGACAUGUUUUGGAUUGGUUUUUACUUCAGAUGUGCUCUAGUCUGAUCCUGCUGGCUGAAUACUUGCUAGGAACUAGAGCUCUUCAGGAUGCCAUCUUCCAUUAUAGCCUCCUUUCAUUUGAAAGGAAACUAGUUUGUCUGCUCAGAGCCAGCUCUGCAAGGUGAACCACAGCAGGGUGGAUGGCAGCCCACCCAUCUGAAACAUCAGAAGCACACAAUAGAUUAGAACUUGUUAUUUUCUUUAAAUACAGUCAUUUCAAUAAAGAUGUAGUAAACUAACACUGCCACCACAUGCAGGUUCAAUAACUGAGGUGCACAUUGCUAGCCUUUCGCCCGGCUUGGUAGCUGCUAAGCCUCUCUUAGUUAGGUUAUAGUAAGAUUUGCAGUAGUUAAAGAUGAAUUUUCUAAGUGGCGAAAAGGUUGGUCGUUUUUUUCCCGUCAAUCUGUGGCCUUCGGUGAGGGUAGAUGGCAAAUGGCUUUCUACACUCGUCAGUGUUUGCAUCAGGUAAGCACAACAGGAAAGGUAUGAUUCAGUUUCUAAGAUAAUCAGCAGAUGCUUUUGUGAGCAGUCUUUUAAGUAUGCCUCAAGUCAGUAUUUUAUAUAAAAUAGCUCUUCAGCAAUAAACAGCCAACAAAAUUAUCACAGUUAAACCAAAUAGUUUGACCAUGCAUAUAGUGUGUUUGACUUAAACUGUUACUAAUUCUCUCAGUGAGGCUUGAGGGAUACUCCCAGUGUGCUGACAGGUGAGGCUGGCACUGAUUUAAGUGUUCUUCCCCUCUCAGUUUCUUGUUCUCAGCGAUUUAUGAAAGCUUUCCCAAAACUGUAAUGGCUAGAUUUCAAACUUCUCCUGUCUUGCUGUUUGUUCCCACAAAACAAUUUGUAUUUCAGUAAAAUGGUCCUUACUGUGAAGGAGAGUUAGAAAAGAUGCUGGGUUCAUCUCCCCUACUGCUGUGUUCCUGCAAGCAUCCUUAAAACACGCCACAGCCAGGUAAGCCUAAAUGUGGAUACAGCACAUGGAAAAAUAAAUCCCAUACAGACACUCACACUCCAAGAAAUAUUGUGUUUCAGACUCACAGUCCCUUGUGUAUGCUCCAUUCCUUACAUAUAGUACAGCGAUGAAAUGUGCAGUACAUGGUCACAACUUCAUUGUUUGAAAAAUAAUUCCAAGGUAAAGAAAGGCACAUUAUUAGCAGUACUGCAAGUAAAACGUGAUUUAAAACCUGCCCAAUUCUGCACUGGACAGAAUACUGUGGCUGUAUCCCUAAAGCCUAGAUCAGCAUAUGUAUUUUCUGUCCACAUCUCAUGUUCUGUGUUUCGCGUUUCCCUAAGCAGGUAGAACAUAUUUGUAAUACUGUGUAAAAGUGAAAUCCAAGUAAAACCACAAAUGCAAGUUGGAUACAGCUAUGGAAAAAUGGAAUUUCUAUCUUCAUAUAUAGCUUUUUUCUACAAGCAUUUAAGAAAGCUUUACAUAAUUUGCAUUGAAAGAAGU